AUGCAAUUACUACAACGGCAACAGCUACUACAGGAACAGGGUACUCCGUUGUCUCAGCAGCAGCAUUUGACGAAUGGGACUGGAUUGAGUGCUAACCCAGUGUUACAGCAAUUGCAGCUUCAACAGAUGCAACAGCAGCAACAACAGCAGCAGCAACAACAGCAGCAACAGCAACAACAUCAACAACAACCGAUUCCCAUAAUCAAAGAAGUUUGGUCACACAAUCUCGAAUACGAGUUUAAUAACUUGCGCAAGUUUAUCAACGAUAAAAGUGCGAUAAUAUACGCCGCCAUUCACCAAGAGACGCCCGGUAUAGUUGCAAGGGCUAUAGGAUCCUUUAAAACAAGCACCGAUUACCAUUUCCAAACGAUUAGAUGUAACUCUGAUUUGUUAAAUCUAAUACAAUUUAGCAUCUGUUUUAGUAAAGGUGGUGGGAACCCAGUGAUUUGGCAGUUUAAUUUUGCAUACGAUUUGAGCAGGGAGAUGUACAGUGAGGAGCAUUUAGCCAUGUUGGCUCAACAGUCGUCGGUUAACUUUCAAGCACACAUGUCUCGUGGAAUAAAGCAUUUUGAGUUUGCUGAGUUGUUGAUUGAUAGUGGAUUGCUUUUAGAUAAGUCAAUAAAUUGGGUCUCCUACCAUGCUGGGUAUGAUUUGGGCUUUCUUAUCAGCAUGUUGAUGAAUGAUAGUCUUCCGGUGGAUGAGGAAGAGUUUCAUUGGUGGUGUGACAAAUAUUUUCCAAAUUUUUUCGAUUUGAAAUACAUUGGUAACCAAGUUUUGGGGUCGGAUGAAAAGAUGAAUAAGCCAUCUAUCGAGUACUUGGCUGAGGAGUUGCACUUGUUGCCGAUUUCACCCAGCAUUCGUCAGUUGUUUGGUAAUGCGGCUCAACAUCCUACAUCGACUUUACACGCAUACUUAUCCAUGGAGUGUUUUAAAGAGUUGAUGAGACAAUCGGUAGACCCAACAAGGUUCAAGGGGUAUAUAUGGGGACUAGCGAAGGAAUAG